GAGCGGUCCCGAUGUUCGAUUGAUUAGGCCUGUAGCUGUCGUUACACAGAAAUUUGUUGCAGAGGUUGCAAGCGGUGCUCUCCAGCAAGGCACGACAAUCGUCGGUUGUCAAGGACAAAAGAGAUAAGCAGCAGAAGGAUAAGCAUCUUAUAUUGACCAUGGAGGAUCUGUCGAACGCACUAUGUGAGGAAACAGAGUUUGGGAUGAUGAGUUUAAGUUGCAUCAACAUGGCUCUCUCAGAAUUCUAUUCUUCUCAUGGCAACUACAAAACCAGGCUGGUCUUGACCUCUAGGGACUCCAAUAGAGAUGUUGUUGCUGCAGCUUCAGCAGGUUUGGACUUGAUAAAGAAUGGACAAGUUCAAGCAAUACUAGGCCCUGAAACAUCCAUGGAAGCAAACUUCAUGAUCAAACUUGGAGACAAAGCUCAGGUUCCCAUUGUCACCUUCUCUGCAUCAAGUGCUUCCCUCACAUCCUUCCACACCCAAUACUUUGUUCGAGCCACCCAAAAUGAUUCCUCUCAAGUUGCAGCCAUUAGUGCACUAGUCCAAGCUUAUCAGUGGCGAGAGGCCGUGCUUGUCUAUGUCGAUGAUGAGUACGGCCAAGGGAUCAUACCGUUCCUUAACGACGCAUUACAAGCUGUCGACACUCGAGUCUCGUACAGGAGUGUCAUUAGCUCUAGUGCUAGUAAUGAUAAGAUUGAAGCAGAGCUUUACAAGCUGAUGACUAUGCAGACAAGAGUGUUCAUUGCCCAUAUGUUGCCUUCUUUGGGUUCUAGAGUUUUCUCCAUAGCCAAACGUAUUGGAAUGAUGAGUGAAGGCUUUGUUUGGAUCAUGACAGAUUCAAUGACAAAUUUAUUAAGUUCACUGAACAAUUCUGUGGUGGAUUCUAUGCAAGGCUUAUUGGGUGUUAAAUCUUAUGUUCCAAUAACAAAGGAGCUUGAAGAGUUCCAAGUUAGAUGGAAGAGGAAAUUCCAACAGGAGAAUCCUGCUGUUGUUGGUGUUGAACUGAAUGUUUUUGGGUUACGCGCAUAUGAUGCUGUAGUGGCACUAGCCAUGGCAGCUGAAAAUGCAGUGAAUUCCACCAACUUUCAGAUUUUUCAAAACCCAAAAAGUGAUUCUGCAAACUCAACAACUGAUCUUGAUUCAAUUGGUGUUUCCCAAAGUGGUCCAGUAUUUCUGCAAGCAUUGCUGAAAACAACUUUCAAUGGUCUAUCAGGAGAGUUUAGGCUCAUCGAUAGGCAAUUACAAUCCUCAACGUUUCAGAUAGUAAAUAUAAAUGGAAAUGGAGCAAGAAGAGUUGGGUAUUGGACACCAGACAGAGGACUUGUGAGAAACCUGAAAGUUUCAUCAGGACAUUCAACUACAAAUUCUAGUAUUCUUGGAACAAUUAUAUGGCCAGGAGAUUCGACAUCAAUUCCGAAAGGAUGGGAGAUUCCCACAAAUGAGCCGAAGAUGCGGAUAGCAGUUCCUGUAAAGUAUGGUUUCACUCAAUUUGUGAAAGUGACAACAGACUCAAGUACUAACGCAACAACAAUCACAGGCUACUGCAUUAGUGUUUUUGAUGCAGUGAUGAAAUCUUUGCCAUAUGUUGUUCCAUAUGAAUUCGUUCCCUACCCUGAUCCUAAUGGUGAGCAACCCAAUUACGGGGAUAUGAUCUAUCAAGUGUCUCUUGGGAAAUUUGGUGCUGUGGUGGGAGAUACAACCAUCAGAGCAGACAGGUCCAAGAAUGUAGACUUUACAUUGCCCUACACAGAAUCUGGUGUGUCUAUGAUUGUCCCAAUCAAAGACAACAAGAGCAACAGUGCAUGGGUUUUCCUGAAGCCCUUGACAUGGGACCUUUGGGCCACAAGCGGUUGUUUCUUUGUGUUCAUAGGAUUUGUGGUUUGGGUUCUUGAACACCGGAUCAAUGAAGACUUUCGUGGCCCCCCUGCCUAUCAAGCUGGCACAAGCUUCUGGUUCUCUUUCUCAACCAUGGUUUUUGCACAUCGGGAGAGAGUAGUGAGCAACUUGGCUAGAUUUGUAGUAAUCAUAUGGUGCUUUGUUGUUCUGAUUCUUACACAAAGCUAUACUGCCAGCUUGACCAGUUUACUCACAGUGCAGCAGCUGCAGCCCACUGUGACUGAUAUGCAUGAGCUCAUUAAGAAUCGGGAGAAUGUCGGUUAUCAAAAGGGUACUUUUGUGUAUGAUCUGUUGAUCGGAUUAAAUUUUGACAAAUCGAAGCUCAUAGCCUAUCGAUCAGUGGAAGAGUGUCAUGAGUUGUUUCAAAAAGGAACUGCAAAGGGUGGCAUAGCUGCUGCUUUCGAUGAAGUUCCAUAUCUGAGGAUCUUUCUUGCCAAAUACUGCUCUAAGUAUACCAUGGUUGACCCAACUUUUGAAACUGCUGGUUUUGGCUUUGUCUUCCCAAGAUAUUCUCCUCUCGUACCUGAGGUUUCAAAAGCAAUCUUAAAGGUGACAGAGGGAGAAAAAAUGAAGGAUAUUGAAAAUGCAUGGCUGGGGGAAGAAAACACUUGCGCAAAUUCUAGCCCUUCAGUCUCCUCCAGUAGUCUUGGUCUUGAUAGCUUUUGGGGCUUAUUCCUAAUUGCAGGAGUUGCUUCAACAUUAGCACUGCUCAUAUUUGCAGUCAUGUUUGUCUAUGAGCAAAGGAAUCUGUUCAAGACAUCUGAUUCAGAAUCUUCAAAAUGGAGAAAAAUCCGGGAUUUGGCAAGAAUAUUCAACCAGAAGGACCUCACUUCACAUACUUUCAAGAAAGGUAAACUCCAUGAGGAAAGUGGGAUUCAAGGUCAUGAUCAGAGUCCUAUUGGAACCUCUCCAUGCACCCACUGCUAUCCUAGUCCAUCAAGCUAUGAUCACAGUUUCACUUUCUAUGGAGAACAAGGAACACCAUCUCCCGAUCAUGGAAAUCGGAAUAAUCCAAAUGUUCAGGUAACGGAAGAGAUUGACGUAGUUAUUGAACUUUCCAAUCACAGCCAAGAACAGCAAAGAAUUCCUGAAGAUAUUCCAUAAAAAAAAAAAUAACCAAUUGAUGUAGUUCUUCUCACAUAGCAUGUCUAAUUUUUUUCUCUCUUUUGUGCAGAAUUAGCAUUGUAAUCUAGUUCAAUGUAUCCAAUGCCUAAAGAACGAAACUUUUUUUUCCUCCUA